AUGAGGGCGGGCGGGAGAAGGGCGGCGGCCGUCAUCUGCAACGUCGCACACGCACUCGACACGUCGGCAGGUAUGUGCGUGUCAGUCAGGGACAGACAUGAACAUUUCACUACUGUCCGGACUCACUCCAAUGUGUGCAUGGCAUGCAGGCGGCCAGGUGGUGGCGAAGACGCCCUGCGUAGGGUACACGGCGGAGAGGCAUCUGCCGCCGCCAGAGACCAUGAAGGGUCACGAGGAGUGGGACGGAGAGGGCUGGGAGGAGCAGAAGAUGCACUGUGUGCUGCAUGAGGCCAGGUAUCCAACAGACACGUACACGCAGACAGACAGACAGACAGACGUGCACAAACACGUCCUUCUGCGUGUUUCUUCCUUCAGAGUGCUCGGCCAUAUCAAGGCGGCGGGCGGCCAUAAGAACGUCGUGGUCAUCAGAGGCCCCCGGUUCCUUGUGGACUCGUGCGCCCUGUUCAUGGCCAAGGCCAAGGGCCGCUCGCUCGCCGAGGCAAGUAGAAACAAGACACACACUUGUACACACACGGAUACAUAUUCAUUUGUUAAGGUCUGCCUGAACCCAUGGGUGCUUAUGUGCAGAUAUUGAAUAGUAAGGGUGCCGUGGCGGCCGGCAUCGCACUUCAGGAGAGGCUGGCCAUCAACUGGCAGCUGUUCGAGGCCGUCGCCUUCAUACACCGACACAGCGUUGUCUACCGGGACAUGAAGCCGGGGAAUCGUAAGCAGACAUAUAUCAUCCAGAGAGACACACACCAUCAGUCAGCCAGAUGGAUGGACGCCCAUUCACUCAUGUCCAUUUCUCUCUGUCUGUGUGAAUGUGUGUGCAGUGGUGUAUGAUCGGCGGUCUCGGCAGCUGACGGUGGUGGACUUUGGCUCGGCGGCGGUGCUGGAGGGCUGCGACUUUGUCGACAGCAGCUGCUAUGCAGCCGUCACGCCCCAGUACCAGUCGCCCGAGCUCACCACCUCUCCGUGGCGGCACCUGCAUCCCGAUACCCCCCCUGACGAUCUCAUGGACAGCCACAGCGACGUGUGGGUGGCCGCUAAAAUGAACAUCGAGACCGAACUGAGGGAAUCGCGAUAUCGCCGACUGCUAGGCCCCAACCAGGCCGACCAAGUGAUGAGCACGGCCAGCGGGCGCAUUGUCGGUAGGUCCGCUAAGCGCUUCACUCAUAAGUACACGCGAGACACGUGUUUGUCUUGGAUGUGUGUCUCAGUCCACACAUCGCCGCCUACAUUUUAUAUUCGCGUGACUCAUUCCCCGCCGCGACCAUGUGCGUGCCGCUCGACAUGAACCCCAUUCAUUUCGAUCUACCCCACUGCCUCAGCUUGCAAGAGGAGAGGGCGUCCAGAGCAGAGAGAAGCAGAACGCCAUCGCCUGCCGCUGCUCUGCCUGUAUGCGAGAGAGACGCCCAUUGCGGAGGCAAUCGCGUGAUAAUGGAAGGCCUUCCGCGGAGCUCAGUAGACUUCUCAGUAGACAGCACCAGCUGGCGCCGCGAAGGCCUCCGCCGGAGGCCUAGCGCCACGGCACAUCUUGAGAAUGUGCUAGUGCUGCCCAACCCACUGGACCCACGCCAAGCUUAGUGUACAGCUGAACUGGCACCACAUGUGCUCUGCUGUUUGCUCGCAUUGCUGUGCUUGGUUGUGGUGCAUCCACUGCAGGACGGCAAGCGGCCAGCUACCCGGAGUACGUUGACGCCGAGCCGUUUUGGCUCCCUGCCGACGGCAUGCCGCCCACCUUGCCUGCAGCCUAUCGGCUGUUCCACGAGGCGGCCCAGCUGCUCUACGGCCCCAGCCAGCCGGACGUCCAGUCCUUCAAGGACUUCGUCGAGGACCAUUGGCUGGCGGGGCUCGUACGAGCAGCCUGGUCGGCGGCGCGGGGCGAGCGCUUCAUUUGGAAGCUCCUGCACCGCCUUAGCGGCCUGAUUAGUUUUCAGCGGUCGGCGGCCAACGUGUGCAGGGAGCUGGGGGUGCCGGUGGUGCAGGGGGAGGGCAGGAGUGGCCGACGGUAUUCGGCCGACACGGGGGAGGGGAUGCUUAGGGACGGGGAGCCCCUCCAGCAGUGUUUGAUGGACGGGAUGAGGGGUAGGCGCAACGGGACGGCGCCGCUCGUUUUCAAUGUCGCACACGCACACGACAAGAUGGCAGGUACGUGUUCGAUUGCACUGCAUCGCAUGCUGUCAUUGAGGGAUUGAGUCGUCUGGCUGGUCAUUUGUGCAGGCGGUGUGGUCGUCAAGAAGACGCCCUGCAGGGCGUAUACUGCCGACAGGCAGCCGCCACAGGGGAGCAUGGCCGACGACGAGUCAGACCCGGGCUACUGGGAGGAGCAUGAGAUAAACUGCGUCCUCAAGGAGGCCAGGUAUGAUCAUACUCAGCCGGAUGGCGCAUAUCAAUCAACAAUGUGCACACCGGGUGCGGUGCUGUUUGCGCAGGGUGCUGGGCCGGGUGCGGGCGGCUGGGGGGCAUCGCCACAUCGUGGCCAUCAAAGCGGCCGAAUUCUGCCUAGAUGGCAGCGCCAUCUACACCAAAAGGCCAACGGCCGCGCUCUCCAUGAGGUGAUCAGGAACCACGCUAGUGGUGUGGUCGACACGCAUAUCCAUUCUGAAUGCAUGGAUGUGCAGAUAGUGUUUGAGCAGGCUGGCAUGACGAGGAGGGAGAGGCUGGCCAUCGUCACACAGCUGCUGGAGGCCGUCGCCCACAUGCACCGACUGGGAAUGGUCUAUCGCGACAUGAAGCCCGACAACGGUGAGUGGGUGACGCCCCGUGUCUGCAUGCCCGCUCACUAUCUGUUUGACUGUCUGUGUGUGUCUGUGUGUGUCUGUGUGUGAAUGUGUGUGCAGUGGUGUAUGAUCGGCGGUCUCGGCAGCUGACGGUGGUGGAGUUUGGCUCGGCGGCGGUGCUUGAGGGCUGCGACUUUGUCGACAUCAGCGGCAGCUCGGCCGUCACCCUCCAGUACCAGCCGCCAGAGUUGAUCGGCUCCCCCUGGGGCCAUCUGCAGCCCGACGCGCCCCCCGACGGCCUGAUGAACAUGGCCAGCGACAUCUGGAUGGUGGCCAAGACCGCCGUCGAGAUCGUCACUGGCCAUUUCAUCAAGGGCGGUGACGCCGACGACGAUGACGACGACGGCGAGGACAUCGAGGUGCCGCCCACCAUCCCAGCCCCGCUCGCCGCCCUCCUCGCCGCCGCCAUCACCAAACCCAGGGAGGAGAGGCCAUCGGCGCACCAGCUGCUCAGGGCAGCGCGACAGGCCGAGGAGGAGGAGCAGAAACUAUCGCCCUGGGGCUCACCCUCGGCCGAGUAG